AUUGUGAAGAGGGAAAUAUGCAGCAGACUCCACAGUUGAUGAACAUCACCACUGAGCAGAUUCAGAAGUAUCUGGACGAGAAUAAACAGUUGAUUAUGGCAAUACUGGAGAAUCAAAACCAGGGGAAGUUCGCUGAGAAUGCCUCGUGAGAGACCAUUUUUAAACAUAAUGUUCCUCUUUUGUUUACUUCCUACAUUAUAUCAAAUCGUUAUUGGGCUUGGCGUUCUGAUUUAUGCCGUGAGCUGAAUGUUUAGAUCAAUGGCAUUCACUCACUCCUUGAUGUUAAAGGGCUUGUGUUUUUACCCCCUUUCAUGCUUCACAGUGUCUCUGGUGCAUCUCCUUGGUUUCAAGCUCAGCUGCAGCAGAACCUAAUGUAUCUAGCUAAAAUUGCUGAUGCACAGCCACAAGCACCAACAACCUCUUCUCAGAUGCCUCCACAGUCUGCGGUGCAGCAAGAGCAAUCUGUUCAGUCUGCACAAGCUGUAAUGGCUAAGCAGCAUCCAGGUUUCUUAUCUCCGAAGUUGCCUUUCCAUUUGAAUGACCAGCAGCAGCAACCACAGCAGCUGAUGUAUCUCCAACAACAGCAACUCAACCAACCACAAAUGGGCUUAAGAUCCGCUGGCUCCAGUGGUACUUAUCAGGGCGUGCAAAGUGGGCUUAGUAACAAUUUCAUGAACAUUCAAGGAAUCAAACAGGACAGCUCAGAAGAUGGUGCUGAUGAAGGCAUUCAAAACUCUGCCUAUGGACAUAACGCAACGGAUACUGAAAGCAUGAGGCUUAAAUAAUGUUAACAUGGCUAAUACCCGGGUGUUUAUAUUCUGUAGAGCUCAUCCGGUACUUCCCUGCCUCAAAUCAUCUGAUUGCAUUUUGCUGUUAUUUUUGGUGCUACGGAAAAUGAGAAAGAAACUGUCAGGGACGUAUCUCUAAUACAUGUGGAGAGCUAACUUUGUGUUUUUUGUCGUCUCUUUGACUUGAGUUGUAUUGCGCACAUGAAUCUCUUGGCAACACAUUGGGUAUUAAUAAAAAAAUGUUUUAAGCU